AUGUCGAGAAGUGACCAAGAGGAGAUCCUAUCGUUUCCUUACUGUGAUAUCACACCCACUGCUAAUACCCGAGCCUUGCUAUUCAUGAAGAGCCCUUCCUCGACUGCUGAGCAGAUAGAGAUCUGCCUUCUGGUGGUGGGAGGAGCGGACAGUGAGAUGAGUGAGUGCUACACUGGCCGUGUUGCGGCAUUCAACAUAGUGGGAGGCCACACCUGGGAGGAAUUGAAGGAGCAUCUGCGUACGAUGGGCCCUACUAGUAAGGAUGUCAAAGUGGACGCCACAGACCUGGGUGAUAACGUAAAGUUGAUGAGCCUUAGCAUCGCUGGAUGGUUGGAUUAUAUACACUUGUAUAGCGCGCCCAUCAUUGAGGCAUCACCAUAUUUGAUGCACGCUCUCCAGCAUCCUGUAGUGGAAGAGGUUAUUCAUGAGAAGGAACAGGAUGUCAAUGGAGACAGUGCUAAGAUGAAUAUAUUGCAAGCUGGUGCAUUGGAGUUGGCAAGGGAGAAGAUACGGAAGAGGAAGCAGCUGGAAGAGGUCCUGAGGAUAGGCAAAGAAAGGCUAGAGGCUGAGGAGGGAGACGAUAGGGAGGGACAAGGACACUCUAUUCAGAUCGAACACAUCAUUGAUGGUUGGGAAGGAAUCCUCAGGAAGAGCAUAUCUGCCAAAGGUAUGCGUGCCUGCCGGGAACUGUUGACCCCGGUGAAGGGGAAGGAUGAGGGCGACUCUUCUCCCAGCGUCAAGUCAUUAAAAGUAGGCGAUAAGCGAGGCAAGUUCGAUAACCUCCCGUCAGUGCCCGCCCUAUUCCGCCUACUAAAAGGGAUAGCAUUAUUACCAUACACAUCGCCAAUCGUUGAUACCGUGUUGGAUGCUCUAGCCUUGAGCCUUAGUCAGCAAGAAGACUACCUCAGGGGCCAACUCCAGCCCAAGCAAAUUAAUUUUUUACUAUACGCACUGACUAAUGAUAGUCGGGUAAGUGGUAUGUGGAUGGGCCGUAAGAGGUUCUUGCAGACUAUGUUGCCUAUAGUUUCCGAUCACAUCAUCGAUGGAGCAUUAUCGAGGGACGCCGCCGUAUCAUGUUUCAAGGCUUACGCUAGAUCCUGCAGGGCGAGGACAGCUCCCCAGCAGGGUGGUGGUGCCUCUGAUGCUGACCUCACUCAGCUGGGUCGAGAGAUCAUAGCAAGGUGUACACCAUGGAUCCUCAGAGAGACCUGCUAUGACCCCCGUACAGAGGCAUCAGUAGUAGUGCUUGCUAAAGCGUUGGCUAUGCUAGAGAGGCAACUGGAUAGAAUACCCUCAGUGAAAGAAGGAGAUAUACUAUCGUAUAUGGCCAGACUCGGUAUUGUUAAUAAGGGUCUACUACAAUUUUGUAUUAAAAACACUACGCCUUGUGGAAGGAUUAUGCGUGCCUUAUGCAAGCUAGGGGUCACAGCAGAGGAGUUGGAUUCACUUAUAGCAAGUCGUACGCCAAGUUGUGAGGCGGACCCUAAGGACUGGCUCCUACCGAUAGCGAUCGCUGUUUUUAAUAACACUGAUGAUGUACUACCAUCCGCUGCGAUAACUCAGCUUCUGGACUCUCUUGGUACGCUAUCUGACCUUAGUGAUGACGCUCACCUCGGCCUGCAUAUACUUGCAACUGUUGGUCUCUGUGAAGUGCCUACCCCACUUACCCUCCCGAGUAGCCCCUGGGCAGCAACAGUAGCUAGCCUUUUGGAGGAUCGAGCUGUCACUGGUUUCGCUAUGGAUAACGGAUAUACAUUACCAGUAGCUUUGCCUCGUGAGAAGGUAUCAAUACGGUUGGUCCAACCUAAGGGCUAUGUCCUGGAUAGUGGCAGUAUGGAAAUAUCCCUCUCGGCUAAGCAUAGAGCCGUCAAUGACACCCAGUCUGAUUCCAAGUCUGCAUCUCAUGAAAGAAAACCAGCAGCAACCACUCCUGAAGCACUUGAGAGGGUUCGCCAAGACUUGAUACCAUUCGCAGAGGAGAAGUGUGCCGUCGGUGCUCUUUCCUACCUCAAUGAUGACAGCAUAAUUACGGAUUGUAUCGCUACAUAUGAUUACGAUGCUAAUGCUGCAAUCAUUGCCUUACGAGCUUGGCUCACCUUCCGUUAUCCCAAGCUUGACAAGGAGCCUCCUACGAAGUGGACAGUAGAGCAUGCUAAUCCCCUGGACUCUUGUGCUAAGUGA